AUGGCCGACAUCACAGAUCAGCACGACCAAACCUCGCCCACCGAGCUCGACGAGUCGCAGAACGUUGGCAAUGGCAGCGCCGCCACCGAGUCUCGCGGCGUCAAGCGCCAGCGUCCUUCAGCAGGCGACGACGACGACGAUGAUGACGAGAAGGGUGGUCGCGAGCGUCGCAAGAUUGAGAUCAAGUUCAUCAGCGACAAGUCUCGGCGACACAUCACCUUUUCCAAGCGCAAGGCCGGAAUCAUGAAGAAGGCAUACGAGCUUUCUGUCCUCACGGGCACUCAAGUCCUUCUUCUCGUCGUCUCUGAAACCGGUCUCGUGUAUACAUUCACCACACCCAAGCUCCAACCUCUCGUAACCAAGGCCGAGGGCAAGAACUUGAUUCAGGCAUGCCUGAACGCACCCGAACCCACGCCUGGUAACGAGAACGGCGUGGAUGGUGGUGACCAGGUCGAGUCUCCGGAAGAGCCCGCCAACCAACAUCUCCCCCCUCAGGGCAGCCGACCCGGCAUGCCCCAGAACCCUCACAUGGCCGGCAACUAUAUGCCCCCCAACAUGCCCAUGGAUCCCCAGCAGGCUUUGGCGUAUCAAAGCUACGUGCAACGGAAUCAGGGCUACGGUUCAGGCAUACCCCCGCAACCGGGCAUGCCCUCCAACAACCACCACCAGUCGUAA